AUGCUGAACAGGAAGAAGCACACUGUGGAUGAGGAGGAGGCCGGCAUGACGGUGCGUCAGCGCCUGCGGCAGAAGCGCGAGUUGGAGGAGAAGCGGAAGUUUGGGCUCGCACCGCUUGCCGUGGACGAGGUGUCGGGGAACGAGAUCAGCCCGAAUGUGCCGCAGCUCAUCUCGCAGGCUCCGUGGUACUACGGCGCCUCCGGCCCCACGCUCGACCACCAGCGCCUGAAGUCCGCGGAGACGAUGGACAGGCUUCAGGACAAGCACGACAAGGUCGUUGUGCUCGGAAAGGCAAAGGCGUACACUGCGGGGGCCUGUGGCAACUGCGGCUCCAGCACGCACAAGACAAGCGAGUGCUACAAGCCCCGUAAGAGGGUCGGCGCCAGGUUCAGCGGCAAGGUGUCGGCUGUCGAUAUGCAGGUUGAGCGGACGGAAAAAACCUACGCGCAGAAGCGUGAACGAUACGCCAUGGGUGCCGGCGUUGACCUGCUGCAGCAAGCCGCACAGGAGGAGGAUAAGGGGGCGGAAGAGGCGCGGGCAGGUGGGAGGCACGAGGCCAACGGCGAGGCGGUGAAAAAGCACCCGCGUCUGCAGGACGUCUUUGCGACGCAGACGGCGGUGACAGGCGGCGGGGCGGAGAUCAAAGAGUUGCCGAAGCACCUCCACAACCUCGACGACGACGGCGCGCUCUUCGACCCAAAGACGGGCUCCAUGCGCGGGAACCCGAACGCGGCGGACCCAACCCGCACCUUCCAGGGCGACCUCCAGCGCUACCGCACGGGCGACUACUACACCUACCUGGAUAUGCAGCUGCGGUUUCUGAACGGUGAGUCAAAGUCCAUCGUUGACUUUGAGCUGGAUGAGCAGCUUCAGAGGCAGAAGCGACAAGGGCAGCAGCGGAAGGAGGAGGGUAACCGCAAUGACAACGGCGCCAGCACGGAGGAGGAAACGGCGCGGGAGCGCUUGGUGCGAUCGCUCUACGGCGACUCCGCCUUAGCCUCUGCGGAGAGUUCGCUACGCAUGAAAAAGGCAAUCGCCAGUGUGGCUGCUGCUGCUGCUGCUGCUGCGCCGUCGCCGGCGUCGUCCUCGUCGACGCCAAUGGCGGUUCCCUUCCCCCGCACGCUUUCUGCGACUCGCAACGGCCACGCCUGCGUCUACGGCAGUUACUUUGACCGCGAUGGGUUCCGAUGGGGGUACAAGUGCUGCAAGCGCCUUGGAAAAGACGCAGCGGCAUGUCAAUCAACACCCAGAGAAAUAGCAACAGCUGCGAAGGCAGAGGAGCAGAGUUUGGGCGGAGCAUCGUGA